AUGGCACGUGAAAUCGUCCACUCCGUCUGGAAUGCCUGCAAGGGUUUUUUUCGUCUGCGCCACAAACGCCUACCUCGCCUGUCGCAGCCUAAAGCGGCCUUGAUUUAUGACAUGGCGGCGGAAAGAGCUAGAUCAAACUACCCCAACGGUAUUAACGGUACAUUGCCGUGCUCGCAGCGCAAUCCUAUACACAUCAGUCUGAUUGCCACCUCCAACAAUGUCGAUAGCAAAACCGUAAGAUCCGAUGAGGCUGGUCUAAGAGAUCACAGUAUCAGAACAACCUCGUCGAGAUACGACUCGGACCAUGAGCAAGAUGGAUAUUCGGCCGAUGACUGGACAUCUGAAGUUUUCUCUAGCGAUGACGAAGAUGAGGACGUCUUGGCCAACAGCCAGGCCGACGAGGGUGUAUACUUGAGUGUCUUUCUCAAAUGA